AUGGCCGCGGUGAAGAAAACCUGCGAUAAAAUCUUCUGUUCGGCCGAAAGAAAGGCCAGGGUGAUGAAACAAGCGCCCAUGGAGUACAAGGAGACUGAUGCAAGAAUAAUAACUCGGAUCUUGUCACCAACAUAUGGAAUAUCACUGAAUGGUCCCACAAUAGACUUCACAACGGUCGAGAUCAGAGAUUGCCACGGCUCCGGAGCGAAAAUUUUGGGUGCGGCUCCAGCUCCCGAGCCCAAAGUCGGAGCCAGGCUUGUCAGCGUUCAGAAAAGUAAAAUUUUCAUGAUCUUGUUAAACCAAAUUGCUUGA